GGUUCCGUCCCAACACGGAAAUAUGGAAAAGUGACAAGAACGGCUGCGUUGCUGUUAUUAUUAUGGAUUUAAAGCUGUACUGUUAGCUUAGCUUUCACCGUGUUUGUUGACUACCGACGGUAAACGGCCCGGCUAACUUUCUGACAGAUGGACGCCCGCGCUGGAAAUGGGGAGAGAGUUCGACCUCUGUUGUUAGUUCAAUAGCUUCAGUCCUCCGUUUGUUCAGAUCCAUGAAACAAAGUGCUCUGGGGGUCAUGGGGACUCUGGGACGCCUGCUGCUGUCUCUCCUCCUGCUGUCCUGUGAGGACAAAGUGUUUCAGGUUGGAGGCGUUAGAUCGGUCACCCUCCCAGAAUCCCUCCUGUUCGUCUCUACACUGGACGGUAGUCUGCAUGCCGUCUCUAAGCAGUCAGGAGACAUCAAGUGGACCCUAAGAGAAGACCCCAUUAUUCAAGUACCAGUCUACCUCACAGAACCUGGUUUUCUCCCUGACCCCAACGAUGGCAGUUUGUAUAUACUGGAGGGCAAACACAAAGAAGGCCUGAUGAAAUUGCCCUUCACCAUCCCAGAGUUGGUCCAGUCGGCUCCCUGUAGGAGCUCUGAUGGUGUACUCUAUACAGGUAAAAAGCAGGAUGUAUGGUUUGUGGUUGAUCCUGAGACAGGCGAGAAGCAAACCAGUUUAACCACCUCGUCCUCUGAAUCCAUCUGCCCAAACACUCCUCUUCUGUACAUUGGACGCACAGAAUACAUGGUUACCAUGUUUGACACUAAGACACAGGAGCUGCGUUGGAACGCUACGUACAAUGAUUAUUCUGCUCCACCUUAUGAUGACAAACAAGACUACAAGAUGGCCCAUCUUGUGUCCAGUGGAGAUGGUCUUGUUGUGACAGUUGACAGAGAGACAGGUGACGUCUUGUGGAGUCAGAACUAUGGUUCGCCAGUUGUAGGGGUUUACCUUUACUCUGGCGACUCUCUAAGACACGCCCCCCAUCUGUCCCUCGCCAUGGAAACGUUACGUUUCCUCACCUUCUCCUCUGCCAACGACCAGGCAGAUGCACACGCUACACUGAAGUGGAGCUAUCAGUUUGUGAAGGAGCAAGCCAGCGCACAAACACAACUCGUACCCACUCUCUAUGUAGGAAAAUUAGACACCCAUCUUUACGCCUCCACUUCGCUUGUCCACCAUGGAGUCUCGUUAGUGCCUCGAGGACUGACGUUGGCUCGAAUCGAGGGUCCAGUGACGGCCGGAGUGACGGUCAGAGAACAAGGCGAGUAUGAGAUCACACCGUCCACUGAUGUGCGCUACCCACCAGGGAGCACAAACAGCCGGAAGAACCACUGGCUUCUAAUAGGUCAUCACGAGCUUCCUCCAGUAGCUCACACCACCAUGCUGAGGGAUUAUCCAGCCGGCCUGCAGCGUUCUGGUGAGGCAGUCAUCCCCCCUCGACCUUCUGCUGCCUCUGCCUCCCCCGCCUCCUACUACCAUCAGCGCUACUUCCAGACAGUUGCUGGUAGCCAUAGCGACGCUAACACUAAUAAAGGAGGGGUUGAUGGGAGGACAACAGGACAGGCUCAGAGGCCGUCCGCUGUGCUGCCUGUCUAUAUGACUCAGGACCGUCUCACUCUGGCUGUUCUGACACUGCUGCUGGGAGGGUGGCUGGCCUUCGCACUCACAUACCCUGUUCGUGCAGCUCAUCAGCUGAAAGCUCAAAGGCAGCUGGAGGAGGCUUUUGAGUCUCGUCUCCAGCGCAUGCAGACAAACAUGCAGACCGUGACCCCGGUCUCUUCGGACACGACCCUCUCCACUGACACAAACCUCUCCAGUGACUCUCCGCCUGCAUCUGCUGACCCUCCACCCAGUCCUCACACUCACAGCAGCAGCACGACCUCCGAUGUCGAUAAAAAUAGCACCUCUGUCCACAAACCCACAGCAGAAGGAAACAGUGAGGAGGUGCAGGUGGGUAAAAUCUCCUUCACUUCAUCUGAGGUGCUCGGACACGGCACGGCAGGAACUUUUGUCUUCAGGGGUAAUUUUGAUGGACGCCAAGUCGCGGUGAAGCGAAUACUGCCCGAGUGUUUUGAGGUAGCAGAACGUGAAGUGCAGCUCCUCCGUGAGUCUGACACACACCCAAACGUCAUCCGAUAUUUCUGCACAGAGAGAGACCGCCUCUUUACUUACAUCGCCAUCGAGCUGUGCACCGCAACCCUGCAACAGUAUGUGGAGGAUCCGUCUUGUUUUCCUGAGCUGAAUCCAAUUACUCUGCUGGGACAGACCAUGUGUGGCCUCUCACACCUCCACUCACUCAACAUAGUCCAUCGUGACCUGAAGCCUAGAAACAUCCUCCUCUCUGGUCCCAGUGCGCUGGGUCGAGUCCGAGCUCUCAUCUCUGACUUUGGACUCUGUAAGAAGAUCCAAGAUGGUCGGAGCAGCUUCUCUUUGCGGUCAGGAAUACCAGGAACUGAAGGGUGGAUAGCUCCUGAAGUGCUGCGGGAUACUCCUGGCAACAAACCGACAGCAGCGGUGGACGUGUUCUCCGCAGGCUGUGUGUUCUACUAUGUGGUCAGCCGGGGGCAGCACCCUUUUGGUGAUACAUUAAGACGACAGGUCAACAUCCUGUCAGGAGAAUAUUCACUCUCGCAUUUUAUGGAAGAUAUACAUGAUGACGUCAUAGCACAGGAUCUGAUUGAGCAGAUGAUCAGUGCUGAGCCUGAGUCCCGGCCCUCCACAGCCUGUGUGCUCAAACAUCCGUUUUUCUGGAGCCCCGAGAAGCAGCUUCUCUUUUUCCAGGAUGUGAGUGACCGCAUAGAGAAGGAGCCGGCAGACAGUCCGAUUGUGGUCAAACUGGAGACUGCAGGAAGAGGAGUGGUCAGAACCAACUGGAGGAUGCAUAUAUCUGUGCCUCUGCAGACUGAUUUGAGGCGGUUCAGGACGUAUAAAGGAAACUCAGUCAGAGAUCUGCUGAGAGCCAUGAGGAAUAAGAAGCAUCACUACCACGAGUUGCCAAAGGAGGUGCAGGAGACUCUCGGAGAGCUUCCCGAAGGCUUUGUCAGCUACUUCACCUCACGGUUUCCACGGUUACUGAUGCACACACACGCUGCUCUGAGCCUCUGCUCUGAUGAAAGACUGUUUCACCCCUACUAUCUGUCCCCCAACGCCAAAUAGCAUUCACAUAACUCUACACUUGACACUCCCUAUACACACAGACACACGGUGAAGAACUUUUUAGUGAGCAACAGAAAUCGCUGACAGUGCCCCCUUAUUGCUUUUGUAAAGCCCAUACUGUUUUUUGGGGUAAGAUACAGUGCUGUGAAAAAGUUUUUUAUAUGCCUUGAGUUAUUUUAUUGAUUUGUUUUAUUUUUCUGCAGCUGCCGAUCA